AUGCGUGCGUGUGGUGACUGUGGGAAAAGUUUCCAUUUCCCGUCUGCCCUGGAGACUCAUCGGCGCACUCACACCGGGGAGAGGCCGUUCCUCUGCACAGAGUGUGGUAAGACCUUCAGCAAUUCCUCUGACCUGCUGAAGCACCAACGGGUCCACACGGGGGAGAGACCCUUCAGCUGUCCCAAAUGUGGGAAGGGCUUUACCCAGGCCUCCAGUCUGCUAACCCACCGGCGGGUCCACACUGGGGAGAGGCCGUUUCUUUGCUCCAAGUGCGGGAAGGCCUUCAGCAAUUCCUCCGCCCUGCUGAGGCAUCAGCGGGGGCACAUUGGGGAGAAGCCUUUCAGCUGCCCUGAGUGUGGGAAGGCCUUCAGCAAUUCCUCCGACAGGCUAAAGCACCAACGGGUCCACACAGGGGAGAAGCCCUUCAGCUGCCCUGAGUGUGGGAAGGCCUUCAGCAAUUCCUCCGACAAGCUAAAGCACCAGCGGGUCCACACAGGGGAGAAGCCCUUCAGCUGCCCCGAGUGCGGGAAGGGCUUUACCCACGCCUCCACCUUGCUGACCCACCAACGAGUCCACACCGGGGAGAGGCCCUUCACCUGCCCCGAGUGCGGGAAAGCCUUCAGCAAUUCAUCCGACAGACUGAAGCACCAGCGGGUCCACACUGGGGAGAGACCCUUCAGCUGCCCUGAGUGUGGGAAGGGCUUUACACAGACCUCCACCCUGCUGGCCCACCAGCGGGUCCACACUGGGCGAAAACCGUGGAAGUGUAGCGACUGUGGGAAAGGCUUCUGUGCCCCGUCUGCUCUGGAGACUCAUCGGCGCAGUCACACCGGUGAGAGGCCUUUCAGCUGCCCCGAGUGCAGGAAGGGCUUUACCCAGGCAUCCGCCCUGCUGACCCAUCGGCGGGUCCACACGGGGGAGAGGCCUUUCAGCUGCCCAGAGUGUGGGAAGGCCUUCAGCAAUUCCUUCGCCCUGCUGAGGCACCAGCGAAUCCACAAGCGGGAGAGACCACUCUCCUGCCCCGACUGCGGGAAGGCCUUCAGUGAUUCCUCCCACCUGCUGACCCACCGGCGGGUCCACACAGGGGAGAGACCCUUCAGUUGCUCCGAGUGCAGGAAGGCCUUUACCCAGGCCUCUGCCCUGCUGAUCCACCAGCGGCUCCACACAGGGGAGCAGCUCUUCAGCUGCCCAGAGUGCGGUAAAGGCUUCAGCGAUUCCUCCACCCUGCAGACCCACCAGCGGGUCCACACGGGGGAGAGGCCCUUCAGCUGCUGUGAAUGUGGGAAGUGCUUUACCCAGGCCUCUGCCCGGCUGAGACACCAGCGGUCCCACACUGGGGAGAGGCCCUUCAGGUGCCCCGAGUGCGGGAAGGGCUUUGCCCGGGCCUCCAACCUCCAGACCCACCAGCGGAUCCACACGGGGGAGAGGCCCUUUUGUUGUCCUGAGUGCGGGAAGUGCUUUACCCAGGCCAUCACACUUCAGAAACACCAGCAGGUCCACAUGGGGGAGAGGCCCUUCAGUUGCCCGAGGUGCAGUAAGGUGCUUCCGUUUCCAUCUGCUCUGGAGACUCAUCGGCGCAGUCACACCGGGGAGAGGCCAUUCCCCUGCACAGACUGCGGGAAGGCCUUCAGCAAUUCCUCCGACCUGGUGAGGCACCGGCAGGUCCACACGGGGGAGCAGCCCUUCAGGUGCUCCGCAUGCGGGAAGGGCUUUACCCAGGCCUCCACCCUGUUGGCCCACCGGCAGGUCCACACUGGGGAGAGGCUGUUCCUCUGCACCGAAUGUGGGAAGGGCUUCAGCAAUUCCUUCGCUCUGCUGACCCACCAGCGGAUCCACACGGGGGAGAGACCAUUCCCCUGCACAGAGUGCCGGAAGGCCUUCAACAGUUCCUCUGACAGACUGAAGCACCAGCGGCUCUACAGCCUGGAAAGAGGAAUUCACAGUGAGGAGGGGCUCUACACGCACUUGUGUACAACUGAAGCUGCGGCCAUGGAGAAACCUGAGGAAUCCCACCCCGUGGAGGAAUCGUGGAAGUGUGGUGACUGCGGGAAAGGCUUCCGUGCUCCAUCUGCCCUGGAAAUUCAUCGGCGCAGUCACACCGGAGAGAGGCCAUUCAUCUGCCCCAAGUGUGGGAAGGCCUUCAGCAAUUCCUCUGCCCUUAUGAGGCACCGGUGGGUCCACACAGGGGAGAGGCCCUUCAGCUGCCCUGAUUGUGGGAAGGACUUCAGUUAUUCUUCUGACCUGCAGACCCAUCGACGGGUCCACACGGGGGAGAGGCCGUUCUCCUGCACUGUGUGUGGGAAGGCCUUCAGCACCUCCUCCACCCUCCUGACCCAUUGGCGGGUCCACACUGGGGAGAGGCCAUUCACUUGUUCCGAAUGCAGGAAGGGAUUCACUCAGGAGGGCAAGUUGCGUAUGCACCAGCGGGUCCACACUGGGGAGAAGCCUUUCAGCUGCCCCGAGUGUGGGAAGGCCUUCAACGAUUCCUCUUCCCUUCAGACCCACAAGUGGGUCCACACGCAGGAGAGGCCGUUCCCCUGCACAGAGUGCGGCAAGCUCUUCAGCAAUUCCUCCACCCUGCUGAAGCACCAGCGGGUCCACACAGGGGAGAGGCCCUUCAGCUGCCCCGAGUGUGGGAAGGGCUUUACCCAGAUGUCCGUCCUGCUGAUCCACCAGCGGAUCCACAUCGGUGAGAAGCCUUUCUGCUGCCCUGAGUGUGGGAAGGGAUUCACUCAGAAGGGCAACUUGCGCACGCACCAGCGGGUCCACACCGGGGAGAAGCCCUUCAGCUGUCCCGAGUGCGGAAAUGCCUUCAGCGAUUCCUCCACCCUACUGAAGCACCAACGGGUCCACACGGGGAAGAGGCCGUUUCCCUGCCCCGAGUGUGGGAAGGCCUUUAGCAAUUCCUCCGACCUGCUGAAGCACCAGCGUGUCCACACGGGGGAGAAGCCCUUCAGCUGUCACGAAUGUGGGAAGGCCUUCAGCGAUUCCUCCGCCCUGGUGAAGCACCGGCGGGUCCACACGGGGGAGAGGUCCUUCAGCUGCCCCGAGUGUGGGAAGGGCUUUACCCGGGCAGCCACCCUGCGGAGGCACCAAGGAGUUCAUGUGCCAUCACAGGGGGAUUGAAGGAGCGACUGCCGAGUGCCAUUAUGGACUGGGCUAUCAACCCAGUUCUGGAACUCCCAGGUUUGAAUCCCACCGCAGCAGAUCGCGGAUUUGGAAUUCGGUCAGAAAUCUGGAGGUCAGAAUCUAACAAUGAAACCAUCGAGCGGGGUGGGGGGAAGCCCCAUUCUGAUUCACUCACAUCCUUUUUAGGGAAGGAAACUGCUGUUGUGGGAAAGGAUUCUCUCAGUCGUCCCAGCUGCAUCCUUUCCCUGGUCUGGCCUACACGUGACUGCAGACCUACAGCAGUGUAGUUGACUCCACCUGCUCCCACCCACUUCUUUCCCUCCCCGCAGAUGGGCGGGGAGAAACUUACUUGGAGACAGGGUAUGGGUUGAAAUCGCUGAGUGAGGCAAUACUUCCUCCGGGUUAAGGCUGUAACAAAGAUCCAAUUACAAAGGGACAAGUCAGU